AUGCUGUGUAGGUCUGUUAUUGGAUUUUCCUUGAAGCAACUGACCACCCGGAAGUUUUAUGGAAAUUACUUUCACAACAUAACAGCACAUGCACCCAUUCAGAACAGAUUGAUCAGUGGCAUAUCAACAAACACCGAGGAGCAAGAAAGAGUUUUCAACAGUAUCAACAGCAUCACAAGAACAACAUCAUCCUACCAUCCACACCAUAUCAUUGGCAAUGUGUUCAUCCGACUCCAGGCUGAGAAAGAUCUUAAGUCCCUACAACCUUCCAUCUCUGACACACAAGAAGCUCAUGUUACCAAACUUGCAUCCUCUCUACCAACUUUUGAAAAUACUGUUAUUCCAAAACAGAUGCUAACAAGGAAUCCCAGAUUUUGGCAAGCUCAUCUUGAAAGAAUUUGUGAUUUCUUAUUAGCAGGCGAUGGAAUUUGGUGGAGAACUUGCACAAAUGGUGAUAUUGAGUUUUUUGAUGCAAAGGGAAAUCCUGAUGCUGUUCCUCAAGGACCAACCGGGCCUGCACCAUUUCCGCUCGAGCAACUUCAAAGCAGAGGAGAAUUACUUGAAAACCUGUUGGCAAAUGUGUUUGGAAAGAAAAAUACCAAUGCCAAUCAAAGUGCUUCAAAUUGAAAAUGCUGAGGGCAAUAUGGUGUUAAAGGAAGCAGAGAUAGCAAAUGAUUCAGGGUUCGAAAUAACGGUUCGUGAUUCGUGAAUCACGAAUCAAUUUUCAUUUUUCACGAACCCAAUUUCAUAGAAAUUGAUCAAAAUCACGAAUCAAAAGUCUCUCAAAUUGAUAAAAAUAUACAAUAAUAAAUUUAGUUCUUUGUAAAUGUGAUGAAGGGUUAUAUAUUUUGAAGAUAUUGUUGUUAGAUUGUACUUAAAAACGAUUAUAAUUCCACCCAAAAUUCUAUUUCUUUGCGAGUUUGCGAUGUAUAUUAUAUAUUUGAAAAUUGCAGUGCUUCCACUUUGUAACUUCCAAUUAGAGAAAAUUCCUUAAAAUAUCCUUAAAAUAAAAAAAUUAAUUCACGAACCAUUUUUUCAGAAUUAAUUCGAACCCUGUGAUUUAGAGGGAGUUGGACUUGAAGGUCAUUGCACUGAUCAGUGCAAUGACAGGGUGGCAGCGGCUAUUGGUAUAGGUGGUGUUGAAAGUUUGGAAAUUGGCGAAGACAGUAUGUCCGAAAGUAGUGUGAAUGUUGGGGUUGUUGCUGAAGGGAGUGUGGAUGGUUGUGAUGGUGUUGCUGGCAUGGACGAUGUGGUUGGUUUGAUGGGUGAAAAGGAUGUUGUUGAAUGUAAUGUGAGGUUAGUGGAGGUUACUAAUGAUACUUGCCUUGGCAAUGAUUUCCAGGAAGAAGCUAACCAAGAUGAAAAUGUAGAAGAUAUAAAUAACUCUGAAGCAAACAAUCAGCAAACCGAGAAAGGUAUGUAAUCAACAAUAAAACAAUUGAUAACUUUUAGCCUACUUACAUGUAUUUGCAUAAUAAUUAUACAAACUACAUAUAGGUUCAUCACGAAUUGUAAGUUUCUGAAUCUGUAUUAAAAUAUGUCCGAUGGAAUGAACUAAAUUAUAUUCUCAAUGACAAUAGAUUUUUACUAAUUACAUUCCAUCCAUUACUUUAAUAUAGAAUCAGAAGGGCAACAACAAACACAAACGAAGCAAGGGCGUGCACUGGGCUUUGUUCUGGGAAUAACUGAGGAGGUGUUGCAGUUUGACAAGGCAAGGAAAAGAUUGAAGGAUUCACCAAAUAACAAUGACUUAAUAAAGGCUUACCUGCACGUUUUCAAAGUCAUGGAAACCUCUGUGUCCCGAGCACAGGCCAACAGCAAACGGCAGCUCAAGGAAAUCGAGCAGCAGUACUUCAGAAGUCGUGGUAAACUGCCGACAUCGAAGGACAUGUUAAAAGAUCCAACUUCCAAAUUGUUGAUCGACAAGCUGAAGUAUUGCAAAGCCCUGGUGGAUCAGUGGAAAGAAGAAAAAAAAAAAGAUUCUUCAUGA